UCUCGGUGUGAGUGUUCAUGAGUGAUACGGGGGCAACUGUAAUUGAUAAUUGAUAAGGUUGCCGAUUGAAAAGCCUCGGAAAGUAACUACUGUGUUAAGUACUCCUACUUACGCGUUUGCUCCGUGCUUCCGUGCCGAAUUUUACGUCGAAUUUUCGAAGACGUCACACGUAUUCAAUUCUACAAAUUUUGAUCUUGAAAUGAUCAAACAUCGGUAACUAACCGAUCUCUCAACCGUGCUGUCUACUGUUCAGUGUUGUGCUCGUACUGAAUGUGCUGUGUGCUCUAUUUGGAAGCAAAAUGACUUCUUGAUUCUCUUAAAACUUUCAGUCUCAGUUCUUUUCACCCUUCGGAAUUCUUAUUGUUCACCACUUGAGUGAAAAGCUCCUCUUGAGAUCAACGAAACAGCAUUCGCAGGAACAAUGAACCUCAUUUCUUUCGGUCUCUUUUCCCUGAUCGCUGAGGAACCUUUAGCUCUGUUCUCCCGUGGCUCCGCCGCUGGAAGCUGAUUUCUGUCAUGUCCGGAAGCAUUGGAAAAUCAGUGAUCCGCCAUGCUACAAAGAAUGAGUAUGAUAAAACAAUUCUCUGGCGGGCGGACUUUCAUAGUAACUUUUUGUAUAGGAUGUCUUUUUGGCUUUAUGUGUGCCUACAUGCUCUUAUCUCUGACCUACGCUACGAUACGAGAGGUGCCCUUACUCCCGCCAAGGUAUCUUAGUAGAGAAUCAGACAGUCAUGUCCCGCCAGAUCAACAUUUCCAUGACGAUGAACGAGAGGUAGAAGCGCCCCUGGGAGAAGUUGGAGGUCAUGGUCACGAUGAAGCAUUUCACAAAGGUGAAAGUGAAGUGGCAGAUGAACUGAAAGGUAGAGUUAGAGUGUUAUGCUGGGUGCUGACCAAUCCGAAGAAUCAUAAAGUCAAAGCUCAGCAUGUCAAGGCUACUUGGGGAAGACGCUGUAAUACCCUGUUGUUCAUCAGCUCCGAAAAAGAUGAUUCAUUACCAACAGUCAAGAUAGAUGUUGGAGAGGGAAGAAAUAAACUUUGGGGUAAGACGAAGGGGGCCUUUAAGUACAUUUUUCAACAUUAUAAGGAUCAGUAUGACUGGGUGAUCAAAGCAGACGACGACACGUAUGUAAUACUGGAGAAUUUAAGAUAUCUGCUGACAGCAUAUAAUGCAAAUGAGCCUCUCUACUUAGGAUGCCGUUUUAAGCCAUUUGUGAAACAGGGCUAUAUGAGUGGUGGUGCAGGUUAUGUUUUGAGUAAAGUUGCAGUCGAAAAAUUUGUAAAAGAAGGAAUUCUCUCUCCAUCCAAAUUAUGCCGCCAAGAUGAUGGCGGAGCAGAGGAUGUCGAAAUAGGUAUAUGUCUAGAAAAUUUAGGAGUAAAAGCAGUUGAUAGCCGAGAUAGCCUGGGACGUGGCAGAUUCUUUCCGUUUGUUCCAGAACAUCAUCUAAUUCCUGGACAUACAGAUCCUAGUUUUUGGUACUGGUCAUAUAUUUACUAUCCAGUGUCAGAGGGAAUGGACUGCUGCUCUGACACUGCAAUAUCAUUCCAUUAUGUUUCACCCAACCAAAUGUAUGUAUUAGAAUAUUUAAUUUAUCAUUUAAGGCCUUAUGGAAUAACGCAUCUGGUAGAAGAAACGAAUAUCGUUCCUGUUUUCAAUGCCACCGACACUGCAUCUAGUCCUAAUUAAACUGCUCAACGAUUGUCAUGGCAAUAAUGUUGCUGUGUUUACCAUUAGGUGGCUAUUCUACUUCAUUGUGAAGUAAUGUGUCACUAUUUAAAAUCCCAAGUAGGGGCUCUUGCCGAUAUCUUGUAAAUUUUACACUUUAAGUUUAAAUUUCGGAAAAAGUUUAUUCUUUAUCAAAAAAUUUCUAAAGCUUCAAAGGAAAUAAUUUAUUUUUUUUUAUUUUUUUUUUAAAAAAAAUGUAUGUCUUUAAAUUAGGAUUUUGUGAUUUAGGACUAGUUUUGUGCUGUACCUUUUGCUCCUUUAUUCUGGCAUCUUGACCUCUAAAAAAAUUUGCAAGAAAAUUUUUUUUUGGCUAGUUUAUACGUUUGAAUAUUUUUUAUCAUUUCAGUUUUUCUUUUUUACAAAUGUCUUUGUUUGAUAUAAACUAUACGAAGCAUUGUUAAGGCGCACAAGUUUGUGUCAAUGCAUUUAAUCACAGAUCCUAAACAGGAAAAUACAUUUUUUUUCUUCUCUUUUCCACUUUAAAUUUGAAGCAAAUUUUUCCUAUUGAUAAAAAAAAAAUCAAUCAAGAAUAAAUUUUACGAGUCCUCUACUGGGAAACUAAUGAAUCUGUCGAAAUGGAUACCAAUUGUACCCAACCAGUUCUGAAGAGAAUACAACAGUUCUCCAUUCUGUAUUCCCUACAAAAGCACAAAUGAUAAACCAUUAAGUGGGUCACUACUGGGUGCCACUCACAGCUAUUUUUAGACCUCACCCACCAAUUAUUUAACCUCAAACUUUUGCUGACUCAAUUUUUGUGAGUGAUUAUAAAAUGUUCAUCGAAGGAUCGUAAUUAUAAAAGCAUCACUAGUUUUUAAUUAAUAGGCACAUAUUGCCCAGAAAAGUGGCAUAAAUAUAGACUGAUCAUUUUCGGAAUGAAUACUUAAUAUCUCGUUUGCAGCUCAUCUGGCAACAUUGACAAGUACUGAGUCCUAUCUCUGCACGGAAAGUUAGAACGAGUUUAGAGGUAGACUCUCCCCUAGAUCAGGGUGUCUCUCUUUUAUGACUUCAACAUUAUAAUUUUCCAGCUGUAAACCUUUAAAAUGUAGUACCACUUCAGUUUGAUGAAUGAUAUUUAUAUUGUUUGAAAAUCUUAAUAAUUGUGAACCCUCUCUAAAAAGAGGUGUGUGUAGUGGAAAGUAAAUAACAGGAAAAUUUUUUCCUCCCACGAGUAAAACUGAUGUGAUUCUGAGUAGGCAGUUUGUCAACACUAACAGCUUCAUUCGAAGUUGUCAGGUUUUAUUUUCAUUCUUUUUUCUUCCUAAAACUUUUUACUGCCGCUUAGCAAGUCCCCAACACUGAAUUUGUAUUUAUUAUUGCCUGUUGGCAAAACAACACUCUGAAAAAUUCAAGGUGUGCCACAUGAAUACUCAUUUGUUAUGAUGAUUAUCAUGUUCCAUGUUUUUUAAAAUGUUGUAUUAAUUUUUGCUGAUUAACUUCUCCUGUUUUUUCUCAUUUGUGCCAUGCCAUACAGAUGAAUUAGUUUUUACCGAAGUGUUAAACUGUUCUCUGAUGAACUCCUUAAAUGAAGGCAGUUUCAAGACUGUCUUUGCACACAAGAAGCAAAAAUAUACUGGAAGGCCCUCCUUACUAAAUUUAGAAUUAAUUUUAGGUUAAAAUUGAUUAAUUAAGUUGUAUAUGGCUCGAUUGAUACAAGUGAAAGACCUUACCAAAGAUAUGAUAUUUCCUGCUUGCUUGGAUUUUUUACCUCAUUUAGUUGUAAGGAAUAGUGAGUCGAACAAACUUCGAUUCAUUUCAAAUUGAAAAAGGUACUUUUUUCUCAGAGGGCCUCAAACAUGAAAGUUUUAUCCUAUUUCAAAUUUAUCAUACAGAAAUGCAUACAUUUUCAUAUUUUUUAAUGUAAGUACUAAUCAAGUGUUUUGAAAUUGUUGAAAUAUUCCUGAAUCCUUCUAAUGUAAAUUUAGGCAUUCUCAUUAAGAUUUCUUGAGGAGUAUAAUAUUUUCAAAUUAUGCUAGUCUUUAGCUUCAGUAAUGAUUUUGGGCUUCGGUUUUUGCAAAAAAAAUUAGACAGAUGGCAUGAAAAUAUGGAUGCAAGAGAGCCGGAACUGGGGAAUUUUUAAAGUCUCUUGAGAGCUUUUUUUUAUCAUCCAUGAAAUGUGACGGAACGGGUUAUCUUGGCUAUCUGAGCAUUCCAAGCGGUUAUGCCAGAGGUCAGGAUUGCAUGUAACCCACCUCGGAAAAGUGAUCUAAGUGUGAAUUCGAGGAACGUGCCGGACGGCAACAGUGGACUCGGGAUGAAAAAAAAAAAGCGAUUCAUUGCAAUUCUCUGCAGCUCGGAUACAAAAAAAGGGUUUAUACUCUCCUGCCAAGAAAGGGCACAGUAUGUAAGGGGAAAGUAGCUUCUUACCGUACAUUUUUUAUCUUAUUUUGAGUGUUAAGCAGAACAAUAUCACGCCAAAAUCAAAACAAAAAUUGAAAUAUAAACAUGCGAAAAGUGAGGACGAACAUAAGACUGGUCCAUUAGACGCCUUGUAAUCAAGCCAAGGUUGAAGUCGAUUUUCUCUGAAAGCAUAGUUUACAUACUGUGCUCACCCUCAGCACGUCAAUAUAGCUAAAGAACUCACAACUUGCCUAAAGAGAUACUCUGUGUUUUAUGGGUGCAAUUUACUUCUUUCCUCUGUUCUUAAAUUAUUCUGUAUUGCAUGAAUGACAGGGAGUAUUUGGUAUCAGUUCCGUUUCUCUCCUCUCACUAUUUUCAGUAUAGUCAAGGUACUCACAACAUAGUUUCCUCUUGCAUCAUUUUUUCCACUCCUUUGUUAUUAUGUUUAAAAAAAAAUGGGUUGAGUUACAACCCUAUCAAUACUUUUAAUCAUCUAUUUAAUAUCAUUAUUCUUAAAUUAUUUGGUUUCAAGCUCCGAUUAGAACCGUUUCGACGUCCCUCAUUCCAGUUGGUUUGAAUCUCAGUGUCUUACAUCAUGACAAAAAUCAAGCAACUGGAUUGCUGCUCAGGUCUCUUUGGUUUUCAGAUCAAUGGAAAUUUGCCUUUAGGAUAAGAUCUCAUUUGUUUAAGUAUGCUGUUUUGUUUAUUGUUUUAAUUUGUGUCAUUUUAUUUUUAGUAAUGUUCUGAUAUCAUUAAACGGUUACCAACCCUGUUAGUCCCAUUAGGUACACUGGUAGCAUAAAAAAUGGGUGUAAAAAUAAAUUGUUAAAAUCUGGUUAGAAUGAAAAUAUUUUGUUCACUUUUGAUCAUCAUUGAGGUAGAAAGAGGAAACUUUCAAUUUUCUGAAGUAUGUCCUUAGACUUAAAAUAACAAAACUAUGGAAUUAUAAUACUCCAAGCUAACCAUUAGUUUUGUAAUGGAGCUUUUUUUACAAAACUCCAAAUACAUACAAGAAUUGCAUUAGGUUUUGAAUGUUAAAUUUUUGUCUGAUUAAUGCAUUUAAAGAUUAAAAAAAGAGAAAUAAAAAGGAAGCCUUCAAUAAUCCCCUAAAAAUUCUAAAAUGCACUAGUUUUGUCUCCAUCAAGUGAUAAAGUUGCAGAAAACUAUACGCACUAUUCUUUUUUUUCAUCCUGUUAAGGGAAAUUUCCGCGAGUGGAUUUGGUCAACUUUUUCGACCAGAUCAGCAGGAUCGCAACCCAAAGAAAAGAAUCGCUUCAGUCAAGAAGUAAGCGCCCAGUUUCUUAAUGAAUUUUGGCUAACGUUUGCAUCCACCCUGGAAGGUGGGUCAAAAUCUUCGGAUGUGGUUGUCAUUGUUGCCAACAUGGAAACCAAAUUUUUCAGGGGCACCAUUGCCUGGAGGGAAUUCCGUUUUUUGGAAUGAAGGAUGGCAUUAAGUCAUGAUCACCCGAAUCCACUCUCGAAAAUUCGCCUCUUGUCAAUGGAUCAGCUCUUUUUUUAAUUGGGUAAAGAGGAUUUCUCCCAGAAUGCAAGCAGUUUUUGCAAUAGACGAGAAUCUGCCAAAUUUGAUUUAUAACUGAUGGUAAUUUUUAGGGGUCGUUUGGUCACUCUAUAAAAAAAAUUCAGGCGUCGAUCCCAUUUUCAUCCAAUAAAAGGAGAAAGAGAAAAUGGCCUAUUUUUGACUCAUAAAGAAUGUAAACUUUUCAUUGCUACCUACUAUACUGAGUAAAUAUUUUGGAUUUAAUCAUGACUUGGAAAAUUGAACCGUGACAGAACAGAAAUAUUCUUCCUGCACUUUCAGACUGAAUCCAUGCAGUGUGCAGUCGUUCGAGUCCGAUAUUAAUAAGUGUUUUCAAUUGAGAUUUCAGAGCAUACAUAGUAGAGCUCAAUAUCCAAAAGAACAUUCGUUAGCUUUUAAAGUAUCCUGGUGUGUUUUUCUCACAACAUAAUUCGAAUUUAGUCAGUAAAUGGGUUAUAAUGCUUGUUAGAUUUUUUUGUUUAUUUAAUAACAUUGAAUACGUUGCUUUGUUCUGAGUCGAAGGAGAUGUUUUAAAUCAACUUAUAUCCUUCCUUUUUCAUUCAAUGCUAGCAAUUCCUUCAUAUGAAGGCUACAUCGUUUCCUCCCCUUUACUCUUCAGCUUUUUGCCUUUCCCCCCAAUACUUUCCAUCUAAGAACUAGCCUCAUAUCAGUUUCAUUUUUGUUAUUGAUCAAAAGUGUUUUCAUGAUCAUUGUAGUCUUUUAAAAAUCUAGUCUACAAUCUAUUGUUUGAUUGAUGAAGUAACUUUGUCUUUUAAACUUGCAUUGAGUUGGAAUAAAUUUGUAUUUUUAUUGACA